AUGAAUCAGAGCGAUCUGCCUUCUGAAAGCUCAAGCCUGCCUGAGGGCCAGCCAGACGAGGUGGGAGUCGAUUCAGUUGUUACCAACUUAACGGCGGGCCAAUUUCACUUCUUUGUAAAGCUUCCUCUCGAAAUUCAACUCAAAAUAUGGGAAUGCAUCUGUUUUAUUCCACGAGUCGUAGACGUAUUCUCUAGUGGAACUGGCUGCGAAGCAUUGCACAAUCUGGACGACAAUUUCCAUGAUCUGUUCGGCGGCGACCUGCGGGUAGACUUUAACGCUACACACUGUCACCCGCCAACUAUUCUCCAUAUCAAUAUGCCAGCUCAUAUCUACAUUAACUGGGAAUGCGAUGUAGUGUGUCCAAUGGGUACCGAAAGCAGAGAUAGGAAGGAUAUGGAAGUACAGCUUCUGGAGACUAAAGUCUCGAGCGGGAAAGUGCUCCGUUAUCUUGCGAUCGAUCCACUUACUAUCGAGGUUCCUAUCGGUACGAAUCUGAUGGAUACCAUGGACUUUUCUGACGAAGAAACCGAACUGUCCUGGGCCCAUUUGUUAAUGGGUUGUCCAAAACUCGAGGAAAUAAUUCUGUACCCUCUGCCCGAUAAUUAUCGCAUGCAUGGCACACCACUCGAGCUUAUUGGCAUCAGCGAAGUUGACAUUGAGCGGGGUGUAGGUUUUAAGGUUCCGGAGUUGAAAAAGGUUAGGGAUGUAAUCUUGAAUUUGAACGGUAGGAUAGAAAUGUCGCGGAAAGCUACUGAAGUACGAGAGCUUUCCAAGGUUCAGGAGGUUUGGGUACCACUUGUUGUGAGGAUAAUGGGUGUGACGACGGGGCGGAAGACUGGCGAGGUUACAGUGACAGUAAUUUCGCCUAUUCGCCCGGAUUUCUUCGAGAAACUACAGAUAGCAGUCAAUAUUGCACAGCUCUUCGGACGGCGCUAG